AUGGCGCCUUCACUUCUGCUACUACCUUCACCACCUCAUCCUUCAUCGCCGUCCACUCUCUCGGCAGCCUACAACGCCCCUCUAACAUCUGCCCUCCAAAAGCUCAAGUCGGCGUCUUCUCCCCAAACUCUUGUUGUUGGCCUUGCUCUCCCUAUUCUUACAGGUCCAUCAGCCAACUCAAAGCAAAUCGCAUGGUCAACCGCUCAAUCUCUCCUCGCCAGUCUUUACACUCUCACAUCAGUCAUCUGCGCAAAGGAAGAUAUUCCUGUUGAUGUUGGCGCUGGAAAGGGAAGCGUGGAUGUGAGAGUUGUUCUCAUAGACCAUGAGAAGGGGCGACGCUAUGAGCCCAAUUUCGAGGGCCAGUUUGAAGCGAACUGCACGGCUGUGUUAGACUUGGCUGCGUUUGCAACCAAGGUUAGAUCAUGGGAUAUGGUAUAUCAUCCCAGCUGUGAAGAGGGUUAUGAGUUGCUAUCCACGUUUCUUCAGCUUGCGGAGAAGAAACAGACGUUCACGCAGAACCAGCUCGUCGCUAUCGAGGGUGGGAUCAGCUUGACAACAGAGGAAAAGCUCAAUACCGAAGAGCUACAAAGAGGCUUCAAUACUGUCUGUCUAGGAGGCACCUUUGACCAUCUCCAUCCUGGCCACAAACUUCUGCUUCACACGAGUGCUAUUCUUCUCAAUAUUCCUCCCAAGGACUCUGACAAGACAUGCACACUUGUGGUCGGUAUAUCAAGCGACGAGCUCCUUGCCAAAAAGAAAUACGCCGAGGAGCUUCAGCCCUGGACAGAGCGCACUCAGGCUGUCCUAUCGUUUCUAUCUACACUACUCGAGUAUGACACAACAGCUACGUCACCUCCGACACAAUCUACACCGGACGAGACGAUCGCCACUCUUCGUGAUGGAAGAGUCAAGGUGCGAUGUAUAGUCCUUCGCGAUCCCUUUGGCCCACCCAUUCACGAGGAAGAUGCCGAUGCGAUUGUUGUCUCUGGCGAGACUCGCAGCGGCGGCAAGGCGAUUAAUGAUCGUAGAACUGAAAAAGGCUGGAAGCCACUUGAGGUGUUUGAGAUUGAUGUACUCGAUGCCGAGGAAGUUGAGGGGGAGGGGGUCAGCAAGACGGAGGAUUUCGCUUCCAAGAUCAGCAGUACGGCAAUCAGACAGAAGCGGGCUGAAGAAAAGAGACUAUCGUAA